AUGACCUUACAGCAUACUUUUAGGAAAACCUUUGUGAAAUGCAAAUUUGGGAGAAUUUGGCGGCAAGCUUAUAGCAGUAAUGUCACAAGCUUAGUAAACCACAAAGAAAUAGAAGUAUAUAAAUAUUCGUGUUUAGUACCUUAUAAAAAUGAUAAUAUUUUGGCAUUCGAGGAUAAUAUAUAUGAGGAUAAAUAUAGUCAUGUUUUUAGUGAGAAUAAUGUAGAGAUUGAAUCGAAUUUAGUAUAUUUAUAUAAAUUAUUAAUAAAUAGUCGAAGUAUCGAACAAAUUCGAUUACAAAUACAUAACUCCUUUUGUGCAUAUGAGAAAAAUUUUAUAAAUGAUGUGAAAAAUAUAAAUUGGUCGUUGUACAUUCCCUUUAGUAAUAUUUAUAUCGAGCCACAGAUAUCUAUAACAAGCAUUAAAUCUAGGUUAUAUCAUACAUGUAUGUUAAAAAAUAUUAUAUUGAAUGUUAUUAAAAGACAACAACAGAUAUAUAUAGAAAAAAAUGGUGACCAAAAUAUAUUUUUAAAAAAAAAGAAAAUAAAUCCUUAUAAGUUACCCCCAUUAAAAAUAAAUGUGUUAUUUAAAUAUAAUGAAUUGAGUAUAUAUAUAAAUUUAAGUAACGAUUUAAAUAAAAGAAUAUACGAAGUAUAUAAAAGUAAACAUUCAUUAAAAGGUACAAUAGUGGCGUCGGCUGCAUUUAAAAUAAAUAUUGCCAAAUAUAUAAAUCCGAUAAAAAAGCUAUAUAUUAUCGACCCAUUUUGUAAUGAUGGUACAUUAGUUAUUGAACUUAUCAGUAUAUUAUUAUCAAUACCUAAUGGGUCGCCAAGUAUUAGUUAUCCUAUUUUAACAUUCCCAAUACAUUCCCCAUCUUGUUUUUAUAGUGUGCUAAAUGAAAUAAAUAUGAACAGAAAUGAUAAUUUAAAUAAAGUAUAUUUUUUAGGAAUAGAUGAAAAUAAAAAUUCCAUAAGACAAGCAAAUGAAAAUAUGAAAAAAAUGAUUGAAACAAUGCCAAUUAAUAUUAACGAAGAAAAAAAUAGCAAACAUAGCGCAUUAUCAUUUAUUAAAUGGGAACUGUGUGAGGGAAAAGAAAGUGAAGACAAUAAAAUAAUGGAUAAAUCAAAUCAAAAUGGUUUUAAAAAAGGAGCAAUAUUUUCUCCAAUUAAUAUAAGUCUAAUUAAUGCUCAAGAAUUGGACAAAAUUUUUCAUAACGAUGAUUAUGAUGAAGAUAAUAAUAAGAAUGUUCAUAAUACAUUUUUAAUGAAAAAUAUAAAAUUUUGCUUUUUAAAUUUUCAAAAAAUAAAUAGCAUAACUGAAAAUUGCAUUUUAAUUACAAACAUAUUAAAUCAAGAAAAAAAAAAAAUUAUGAAAUUUGAAAAACUGCUUUUGCGUUCUGACGUUUUAAAUGCCUAUGUUUUUGCUCCUGAACAAUAUAAAGAAAAAACACAAUUAAAAUUUAAAAUUAUUCUCCGAUUUAUUUCGAAUGGAAAAAAUAUAAUUUUUCUCCAACUUUUUAAUAAACUACGAAAAAACAUAUAUGACGACAUGGACGAUUUGAGCGAUUACUAG